AUUUUUUUAUUAUUCGGAAAGCAACAAAAUUGGAAAGUGCCUUUUAUCGUUUUAUUAUAUUUUUUUAUUGAAUUUUAAUAAAUAUAGUAAUUAAUAAUGUGUUUAAUUUGUAUACCCGUUUUUCUUGAUAUCAGCGUCGUUUCGUCGUGCCUACGGUAAUAAUUAUUAGUGAAAUUAUGGUGUGGUUGAGAAAACAAGAAUGCACCAUGAUCUGUACAAGAAAUUGUUGAAUAAAAUUGGUAGUAAAAUGUCAUCAUUGGAUCAUUCGAUUGUGUAAUAAUGAUCGAGGAAAGUUUAAUAUGGUUCGUGUCUGGUGGUCUUUUGUUUACCACCGUCAUAUUGAUCGUCGCUUGCAUUUGCGGUUGUCAUAAAUCUGUACCAAAAAAUGAGCUACUUGGUCUCGCUGGCAUGGUUAAAAUCACAAAUCCUGAUGUUGGAAUUGAACUUGACGAUAGGAAUUUGUCUACUAGUCCAUCUCCCACAAAUAGUGCCAAAAGAAGUUCUGCUGGUGCAACGUUGUCUUCGGCUACGAGAAGUCUUCCUGAUUUACCCGUAGAGACUCCUAGAGGAUCCGACGCAGUUGCAACCGCUGUAUGGUAUGGCGGUGAUACUAAUUCGGAGCUGUAUGCUACAGUUGAAGAAAAUAAAAAGGGAGUUAAAGAAGAUGCAUCAAAAUACACAAGUAACACAAUGUCACCAUCUAGCGGUGAAACUGCGUCCAAAAGCGAAUGUGUGUACGCUUGUGUAAAAAAAGAAAAUCCAUAUGACAAGUUGUUACAAGAACACCCGUAUGCUAAAGUUGGUGUCAACAGUCUGAAUAAUCAGUCUAGUAGCUCACAAAGGUUAGAUAAAGUAAGUUCCACAGAGUCUAUAGAAAUGGACGUUGUAGACAGAGGCAUUCCAGAUCAAGAUAUCGCGGCAGCUAGUGUGAUUGCUGGGGACGAAUCUGCUAGUGUUAACAUUCCAUACAUGACUCCACCAGUGGAUGCUACGGAAAACCCGUUGAAUGAACAAAUACGUCAGGGUCAUUAUAGUGGUGAUUCACAUGAUUCUAACAAAGGAUACACGAGUAUUAGUGUCAGAGAACCAUUGUCCAGAAUUAUGGCCAACGUUCAGAGUAACGGUGGAGUAUCUACAGAUCCACAUUACGCAUUUGUUUCAGAUGAUUCUGAUGAAAUGUAUGCAGCAAUCAUCGAUCCAACCAAUAAUGUAUACACAAGUGGAAGUGAAACCUAUGCCCAAAUACCCAGCGUAAAUAACGCACCCGUUGCGUCGACAUCCAAUAAUAAUGUAUUUAAUCCAUCUACAUCACAUAGUAAUGGUAGCGAGCUAAUUCAAACACAUUCCAGAAAAGAUUCCUCGUCUAGUGCAGUAAGUGGCAAUUCUCCAAAACCUGAGAAACGACCCGCUAAUUCACCCCUUCCUAAGCCGCCUGAGCACCUAGACGAAAUGUAUGCAAAAGUGAUGAAAAAACGUAAUGAUUCGCCUGAACAAUCACCACCCGCUCCACCCCCUCCAAUUUAUGACAAUGGUAUUUAUGACAGACUGAUGGAGCCUAACGUUCCUCAGUUGCCAGAUAUUGAUCCAAAUUACGAAGAGUUACGACCAACAAAUCAUGGUUACGCUCGGAUAAAAAAGGUUGAACGACAGUCCGAACCUGACUACGCAAGUUUAACCAGAACAAUUACGGCUGAGUAUGUAGAAAACGAUCCAAACUAUGAAAGCUUAAAAAUGGAUCUAAAUGAAAUCAAUCACAACUCGAUUUACUCAGAAGUUAACAAGAGGUAGCUUUACUUUACACAAAUGUUUUAUACAUAUAUAUAUAUAUAUACUGUAUGUAUGUUUGUAUAAUUGACUAUUAAGUUUAUUAUUAGUACAAUUUCUUAAUUUCUUUUCUAUUUUAUUUUUUUGUUAAUUUUGUACCUGACAAAUAUGUUUGGCAUAUUUUAUUCAAAUUAUUGUAUUAAUGAGAUAUUUUACUGUUAUAAAAUGUAUUUUUGUUUCUAAAGUAAAUUAAGUUUAGACUGUUUAUAUUCCAAACAAAUUUAUUUUGCGACUCUAAAAUAUUAAAUACUGUAUUUGCUACAGACUGUAUGUUUUUCAAGGCUAUAUAUAAAUAUAUUUUU